GUUCGCGUCAAGUUGGUCCUUGACCUCUCCUAUCUUGGGACGCGCUUUGUGGGCUGGCAGGCGCAGCCGCCAGCCCCGCCAGAGGCCAGUGGGCAGCCCGGCCCGUGCCGGCUCUUCAACAAAGGCCGCUGCCGUAAGGGCGACGCCUGCGGAUCGGCACACAUCUGCUCCGCUUGCUGGAGGCGCGGCCUGCGCCAAGCCCACGCGCUCAGUGACGCUUGCUGCCCUGAGCCGGAGGAUGUUUCGGUGCAGGAGGUGGUGGACUCAGCCCUCCGGAAAACGGCGAAGGAGCUUCAAUGGCCGCUGACCUGCCCCCCCGGCGGAGUGGUGGCCAGUGGCAGGACUGACCGCGGGGUUCACGCAUACCAGAUGCUGGCCUUCAGCAACUGUCACACGUCAGGCAGCCCCAGCGACGCCAUGCUUCGUGAUUUUCCGGCGGCCUUGAACGACAAUCUGCCACCAGAUGUGCGAUGCAAUUCAGCCUGGUGGACUUUGGACCUUAGCUUCUGCACGCGCGGCACGGCGGUGAAGACCUACACCUACUAUGUGGCUCAAAUGAGCCCAGGCGCCGAGAUCCCUCCAAGUGCGGCAGCCGUGCUGCAGCAGGCCACGUGGCUGCUCUCCCCGGAGACACCAUGCCUGCAUCAGGCGCCCAUGGCUGCCGCUGCUGAGCAUCUCCUGGGCAGGCACGACUUUGCCGCGCUGUCGUCGGCCGGGGCAGGGGAGGGCAAAACGACGCGUGAAGUGAUCUCCCUGGAUGUGGGAGCUGCUACGCACGUCCAGUUCGGCCUCCUCCAUGCAUGCUUCGACAGCGGCCGAAUAGUGGCCUCGCAGGACUGCCGCCACUGCGGGGCCGAGGCGACCAGCGUUGUGGGCGUGCCAUCGCCGGGGCUUCUCUUGACGAGGUUCCGCGUACAAAGCCGCGGUUUCCUCAAACACAUGGUCCGGCGCAUUGUGGGCUUGCUUGUGCAGGUUGCCCUUGGGAUGUUUUGCACUUGCCUUUAUUGGGCUUUACAGGCCACCCUGUCUCUGCCUGACGAGCAACUUCCGGACACGGCCGCGAAACUGUUGGAGGCCAGAUGCAAGCAGAGGUGGGCGCACCUGAAGGAUGACCUUGACUGGACUCGCUACCACCUGCAGGUGGUGUUUCUGGAAGGCGAUGGGAGUGGCCGGUCUCGGCUGGCGGCCGGGCUCUUCGAGCGAAUCGCGCAGGAACACAGCUGUGCCGGGGCGCUUCCUGUGGAAGCCGCAACCACAGGUGGCUCGGCAGGGUACCUGCCGGAGUCCGCCGCAGAAAACUAUCGGCUGGCGCCGCGUUGGACGGCCAGAGAUGUGGAGGAGAUCGUUAGCCUGGCAGACCUGAGAUUCUACGACGUGGUGGUCUGCGUGGAUAAGGAGGCGCUGCAGCAGCUGAGGGGGCUGGAAGGGACGCUCCCCGCCUCGGUGGUGGAGCUGGGUGAUUUCGGCCCAUACCUGGAGCUGCGCCGUCCCGAGUCGCCGAUCAAGGCUUGGGUGCCAGAUUGGCGCCAGGUCAUCGACCCAGACUACGACGAUCGCCAGGAGGCGGCGGCGCCGCCCAAAGACGACGCCUUGGGUGUUUGGCUCACGGUGCCCGAGGACCUGGCUCGCUUAGUGCAACCGCGCUAUGAGCUCGUCCGGCGAAGCCUCACUGCCGACGAGGCUCGAGGGGCCGAUGGCCUCUUUGGGGGCGACGACGACGCGGCGGUGCUCACGUACCAUGCAGCCGGCCUGGUGCGCUUCCUUAUGGACUCGGCGGUCCUGGCUACUGCGGCCCGCCGUGACGCUCACGCUGCGCGCGUGGGAAAAUUGGAGGGCGCGGUCGUGCUUGUGGGCACUGGUGAGGUGCCGCCGUCGCGCGCCGCAGCGCUGUUAGGACCUCAUGCUCCCGAGGUCUUGCCUACACUGCGGCCACUCAAAGCCCCGGCGCAGGGGCUGUGGCUGGAGCGGGUCGACUUGGAGGACGCAGAGGAGGCAGCCAGCGGGCCUGAAACGGCGCCAAGCGAGCUGGAAGAAAGGAGUCAGCUCCGGGUGUUUCCUAGGUCGCUAAGCAUAGGCAGCGGCAGCGGCAUAGGCAGCGUUCUCGGCUUCCUCUACGUGCCCGACUACGGUGCGACGGAAGCCACGUGCAGCCACCGGCUGGACUAUUGGUUGUUCGGCAACUGGUCCUUUAGCUGCCUCAAGACCAAUUUGCCCCGGGACCUUCGGCUCCGGCUCUUUUCAUCCGCGGUUCGCGGGCCCUUUCUCAUCUCCGGCUUGCUGGGCAUCUGGAAAACAACGUUCCUGCCGAUCCUCGUGGAGCGACUCCGCGACCUCGAGAGCCGCGCCGCCGGCGCUUGCCAGUGCCUCGUGAGGCACCAGGUGAGGUUGGAGAUGCUACUGGGCUUGGUGCCCACCUUAUGCACGCUGUCUGUUUUUGCUGCGGCAUGUGCUGGCGAGCUAGACAAUUCCAACUACACGGCCGUGCUGCUGCUCCAUGCGGUUUUGCUGCUUUUCCUGAUUGGCCUCGGCCUGUGGAUGAAACUACAGAAUACACUGCAUUCGAUCACCCACUAUCUGGAAGACGCCCAGCGCAGCAACGAUUUGUUGGUGGCGUGCUCGUGGGCACCUCUGCUGUUGUAUUUGCUGCCGAUGCUGAUUUGGGGGGAUGCUCCCGGGAUUUCGGACACGUUUAUGACGGUCAUCGGCUACUUUCUGCUGUACGUGCCCGUCCUGGAUAGCCCAUGCUAUACACUUGCCUGCUACACGGCCUACUCCUGUCUAGCUGCCAUCAGCGUCUUGGGUGCACGCGAGCUUGCGGACUCUACAAGCCAGCUUACAAGCCCGAUGAUGGCCAGCGCUGCAAAUGAGUCCGGCGUGCCGACUCCUGCUGAGCCUUACAACCCUUUGCGUAGCAGGCUGCGGCUGCGGCGCCAUCCCUUCGCCACCACCGGCUUCUCUCCGGUUGACUCGAUUGACCGGGUGGGUGCCGCGCGGGGUCAUGACGCAGCCAGGAUUGGCUCCUCCAUUCAGAGGCGCAGACAGCAAGACAAGGCAAUGAUGGUCGGUCAGUUUCUUUGGGCCGUGCAUGUGUUUCGAAAGAAGUGGCUUGGCACCGAUGCACUCUGCCACAUCCUUUCCUACCUGGAUGCUACGAGGUCCGUCAGCAACUUCGUGGGGUUGUUGGAUGACGAUGGCGCAUCACAAGUGUCUUCCCGACAGGACCAGGAGAGCAGCACUCACGCCACUUCGUCGCUGACGUCGGUCACCUGCAUGCAGCGAGAGCUGCAGAAGCGGCUCCAGCGGAUGCUGCAACCGCACCUUGCGUUCCGGACGCUCAGCGAGACUUCGGGGCAGAUCACCCAAGUGAAAGAGGAAGACGAGGCCGCAGACGCUCGACGAGAACUGAGGAGCAUCCUCCGAGGGUUCUUCCAAGUCUCGGUUUAA